AUGAUGUGGCGCACGAGACAGGCCCUGUCCGCGGGCCGCCGCAUCGAGGUGGACUGCAUGGCUUCGGGGUCGCGACCUGCGGCCAAGCUCUCCUGGUGGCUCGACAACCAGGCGCUCGUCGGCAGCGUCGACAAGAUCCUGGGCGAAGGCAACAUCCUGGGCGAAGGCAACGUGACGACGUCCACCGUCCGCCUGACGCCGACGGCCGCCGACAACGGAAAGGUGCUGACCUGCCGCGCGGAGAACCCCGCGCUGCCCGCGGGCGUCGAGGAGGACACGUGGCGCCUCGACGUCUUCUAUGCACCUGCACUUCGACUGCAACUCGGAGCGAACCUCAACCCUGACGACAUCGAAGAGGGAGACGACGUGUACUUUGAGUGCAAAGUGCACGCCAACCCGUGGGCUUACAAGGUCAUCUGGAAGCACGACGUACAAUUUAAAGUGGAUCAUGAUGUAACUUCUUUGCCCGGAAAUCUCCGGCAGCGCCUCCCCUCGGCCAGGGCCGCUCCGUCGCCGGGCACUGGGGUCGUUGAUAAGAGCACCGUGGACACCGCCCGCCCGGAACCGGAAAUCGGCUUCUCGCCGCCCCCUCGCAAGAGAAGACCUCUGUUCGCCGGCGGCGGCGGAGGGAGCAGGGGGUUGCGGUCGGGGUGGAAGCGGUGUUGGCGGAGCGCUGGAAGCGAUGGCUGCGCUGAGGGUGGGAGUGAAGGCGCGCGCAGAUUUGCUGACGGUGGUGAUGAAGCCGCGCUCUGGCGACGGAGUCGAUCCGUUGCGGGGGAAGAGGACACGGAUGUGAUGGCAGGGUGGACGAUGAAGACAGGAACUUGGGAGAUAGUGAGACCAGAGAAGCUGGUAGUGGUGGCAAUAGCCGAAUUCACGGAGGAGGGAGAGAGACGGAGGAAGUCAAUAAAGACGGAAACAAGAGAGACAGAAGAAAGGGCAGAUUCUCCAUUGAAGGACAUGGCGAUACAGGUAGAAAACGAAUCUCGGAGGCAAAGCGAUGGAACGGCAGUUAGAAGAAGACGGGCAUUGAAACGGUGGGAGGGUGACCCAGCUCCGCAGCGCAGCGGGGGAGCUCAAAGCGCGGAGUUGAGCGAGGAGAGCUUGGAACGCUAA